CGUAGCUGGUGUCUGAUGGUGGUUUGUAACCCGUGGUUCGAGUACAUGAGCAUGCUGGUCAUCCUCCUGAACUGUGUGACCCUGGGAAUGUUCCAGCCCUGUGAGUUCAAAUGGUCCACCAUCCUGCAGGUUUUUGAUGACUUCAUUUUUGCGUUCUUUGCUGUGGAGAUGGUCCUCAAAAUGUUGGCGCUAGGGAUUUUUGGGUCUAAAUGUUACCUGGGCGACCCAUGGAACUGGCUUGACUUCUUUAUCGUCAUGGCCGGGAUGUUGGAGUACUCGCUGGAAGGCCACUACGCCACAUCAGCCAUCCGCACCGUUCGUGUGCUCCGCCCCCUCCGCGCCAUCAAUAGAGUCCCCAGUAUGAGAAUGCUGGUGACACUGCUCUUAUACUCGCUGUCGAUGCUGGGGAACAUCCUGCUCCUCUGCUUCUUUGUCUUCUUCAUCUUCGGCAUCGUGGGGGUGCAGCUCUGGGCCGGGCUUCUGAGGAACCGCUGCUUCUUACAGGAUGAUCUGAAGACGGAGUACAACCUGUCGCACCUGAGCCCGUACUACAGGCAGGAGGAGGGCCAGGAGAGCCCCUCCAUCUGCUCCACCGCCAGCCACAACGGCAUGCUGCGCUGCCAUAACCUCCCCCCCCUCAAGCAGGACAAGGUGGAGUGCCGACUCAACGUCUCCCACCAAAACCUGGCCAUGUACGGGUUGGACGGGGCCGGCCGGAACAGCUGCAUCAACUGGAACCAGUAUUACAACCAGUGCAAGCCGGGGGACCACAACCCCGACAAGGAGGCCGUCAACUUCGACAACAUCGGAUACGCGUUGAUUGUCAUUUUCCAGGUCAUAACCUUGGAAGGAUGGGUGGACAUCAUGUAUUAUGUAAUGAAUGCGCAUUCCUUUUACAACUUUAUUUAUUUUAUAUUGCUCAUAAUAGUGGGCUCCUUCUUCAUGAUCAGCCUGUGCCUGGUCGUGAUCACCACCCAGUUCUCGGAGACCAAGCAGCGGGAGAACCGGCUGAUGCAGCAGCAGCGGGCGCGCUUCCGCUCCAACGACAGCACGCUGGCCAGCUUCUCGGAGCCGGGCAGCUGCUACGAGGAGAUGCUGCGCUACAUCGGCCACCUGUACCGCAAGGUGAAGCGGCGUCUGCUGCGCCUCUACAGCAGCUGGCAGAGCAAGCGGAGGAAGAAAGUCAACCCCAACGGUGACGGCGGGGUCUGGGGAGCGGGCGGCGGGGCCAACGGGCGCAGCAGGAGGAGGUGGAACCAGUCCAUCCACCACCUCAUAAAUCACCAUCACCUCCACCACCAUCACCUCAGCAACGGCACGCCCUGCGGAGAGGUCGUGGACAUGGUGGAGAUGAAGCCCCUGGUGGCACCGCCCGAGCUGAGGCUGCCAGCCCUGUCCGACGACCCCCCGGCCCCUCCAGCGGGGGCCGAGUCAGUUUCCGGGGCGGCCGAGGACAACGAGGGCCUCCUGCAGGUCCCACAGGCCAACAACUCCCCUUCAGGAGCGCUACUGGGGAGAGUCAAUGGGGGCAUGAACUACCCCACCAUCCGGCCCUCUCUCAUCUGCCCCUCCACUGCCCUCAGCCCCAGGGCCCGGGGCAGGAGGGUGGCCAACCACUUGAUGAGCCUGACCCUGAGCGUGGGGGAGUAUGCCCAUGGCCGGUCCGGGCUGCCCAUGGAGGGCGUGGUGGUGGGCGCAGACCUGCUGAACUGCCCCUACUGUGUCCAGGCACUGGAGAACCCCGACCUGGAGCUCAAUGAAUCGGACAGCGGCGUCUCCGCAGCUGACGGGAUAAACGAGUUCACCCAGGACCGCUGCCGUGGCAACGAGGGUCGCCCAGGGCGCUCCCAUAGCCAGCGGCGACGAGCACAGGUCCGGGACAGGAACUGCCUGGCCUUCUGCUGGGAGGUCUUCCGCAAGAAGCUGGAAUGCAUUGUGAAGAGCAAGUACUUCAACCACGGGAUUAUGAUCGCCAUCCUCAUCAACGCACUCAGCAUGGGUAUCGAGUACCACCAGCAGCCUGAGGAGCUGACAGAACUCCUGGAGAUCAGCAACAUCUUCUUCACCAGCAUGUUUGCCCUGGAGAUGGUGCUCAAGCUGCUGGCCUUCGGGUUCAUCGGCUACAUCAGAAACCCCUACAACAUCUUCGACGGGAUCAUCGUGGUCAUCAGUGUGUGGGAGAUCAUGGGCCUAUCGGUGGUCAGAACCUUCCGGCUCCUUCGCGUACUGACACAGGUACGCUUCCUUCCCACCCUUCGGCGGCAGCUGGUGGUGCUGAAGAAGACCAUGGACAACGUGGCCACCUUCUGCAUACUGCUUAUGCUCUUUAUCUUCAUCUUCAGCAUACUUGGAAUGCAUCUGUUUGGGUGCAAGUUCAGCCUGAAGACAGAGAAUGGAGACACACUCCCAGACAGGAAGAAUUUUGACUCGUUGCUGUGGGCGAUUGUCACUGUGUUCCAGAUCCUAACUCAGGAGGACUGGAACAUGGUUCUGUAUAACGGGAUGGCCUCCACCUCCCCCUGGGCUGCUCUGUACUUCGUGGCCUUGAUGACCUUUGGGUACUACGUCCUGUUAAACUUGCUGGUGGCCAUUUUGGUGGAAGGUUUUCAAGCAGAGGAAGAUGCAAGAAGGUCAGACACGGACAAUGAGAGAAUUUCAGCAAAUUUUGAGGAGGUGAAAAUUAGGGAGAUUCAAGCCACAGAGCUGAAUAUGUGUGCACUGAUGAUGACAGCCAAUGGGUACGCAGAUCCACGUGCCAGCGUGGCCACACCCAUGCCCACGCCCAAGAGCUCCCUGGGAACAGACUCAGCCCACGCCUUUGUCGAGUCACGGCGAGGCAGCAACACGUCUAUCGACCCCACCUUUGACCAGAAGUCCCUGUCCAGCCUGCGGAGCCCCCCCGGGGGGCCCUGGGGUGCGGGCAGUAACUGGGGCAGCCGGCGGUCCAGCUGGAACAGCCUGAGCCGUGGGCCGAGCCUGAAGCGGAAGGACCCGUCGGGGGAGCGUGAGUCCCUGCUGUCGGGCGAGGGCCAGGGCAGCUCGGAGGAGGACAGCUCAGACGGUGGGAUGUCCAGUGUGGGGGACCGGGCCCGGUCCCCUGAACCCCCCGAACCCCCCGAGCCCCUGCAGGUCCCCAUGUCGCGCCAAGACUGCAACGGCCGCACCCAGCACCACUCCACCCAGGACGACGUGAGCGACCACAUCAUCUCUAGUGUAGUGAUCAUCAACUCUGACCCUCAAAUCAAAAUAGCCAGUAGCUUCUGCUUGCGUAUCCGGAAGUCGUUGGAGACCCAUAAGCCCCAGUUCUGCCGUCAGCGUGAAGACUGGUCCCUGUACCUGUUCUCCCCACAGAACCAGUUUCGUGUCGCCUUCCAGAGGGUCAUCGCACACAAGAUGUUUGAUCACAUCGUGCUGGUGUUUAUCUUCCUGAACUGCACCACCAUUGCACUGGAGAGGCCCAACAUCCUCAGCACGGAGCGUGCAUUUCUCACCAUGUCAAACUACAUCUUCACUGUGAUCUUUGUAGCAGAGAUGAUUAUGAAGGUGGUGGCGCACGGAUUCUUUUCAGGGACGGACAGCUACUUGCAGAGUGGCUGGAACAUCCUGGAUGGUGUGCUGGUCUUCGUCUCCCUGGUGGACAUCCUGGUGUCCGUGGCAUCAGACGGCGGGAACCGGAUUUUGGGAAUUUUGCGGGUUCUGCGUUUGCUCAGGUGAGCACGUGACCUCAGGGUGAUCAGUCGAGCUCCUGGCCUGAAGCUUGUGGUGGAGACACUGAUCACAUCGCUGCGACCGAUCAGCAACAUUGUGCUCAUCUGCUGUGCGUUCUUCAUCAUCUUCGGCAUCCUGGGGGUGCAGCUGUUCAAGGGGAAGUUUUAUCACUGUGAGGGACCAGACAUGAGGAACGUCACCAACAGGUCCGACUGCGAGCUAUCAACUAAGAAUCGCUGGAUCAGACGGAAGUUCAACUUUGACAACCUUGGACAGGCCCUCGUGACACUGUUCGUCCUCUCAACAUUGGAUGCGUGGGUGGACGUCAUGUAUGACGGGCUGGACGCCGUAGCAGUGGACGUGCAGCCAAGGCGGAACCAUAACCCCUGGAUGCUACUGUACUUCAUCUCCUUCCUGCUCAUCGUCAGCUUCUUUGUGCUAAACUUGUCUGUGGGUGUGGUGAUGGUGAACUUCCACAAGUGCCGGCAGCACCAGGAGGAGGAGGAGGCGCGGCUGCGGGAGGAGAAGAGGCUGAAAAGGCUGGAGAAAAGGCGCAGGAAAGCCCAGCAGCGGCCGUACUAUGCCGGCUACUCCCCCGUCCGUCUCUAUAUCCACACACUGUGCACCAACCACUACCUGGACCUCUUCAUCACCUUCAUCAUCGCCAUCAACGUGGUCACCAUGUCCAUGGAGCACUACAACCAGCCCCCGUACCUUGAAGAGGUUCUGAAAUACUGCAACUAUGGCUUCACCAUCACCUUCAUCCUUGAAGCUCUGCUCAAGCUGGUUGCUUUUGGCUUCACCAGAUUCUUGAAAGACAGGUGGAACCAGCUGGAUCUGGCCAUUGUGGGGCUUUCCAUCAUGGGGAUCACUCUGGAGGAGAUCAAAAACAGUGCUGCCUUACCCAUUAAACCCCCCAUCAUCUGCAUCAUGAGGGUCCUGCGCAUCGCUAGAGUGCUGAAGCUUUUGAAAAAAGCUACAGGGAUGCAGUCUCUGCUGGACACAGUGAUGCAAGCCUUGCCACAGGUGUGGAAUUUGGGUCUGCUCUUCAUGUUGCUGUUCUCUCUAUACGCUGCACUGGGUGUGGAGCUCUUUGGGAAACUGGCUACAAUGAAGUGCAAUGAAGAAUUUGAGAGUCUGGGCAGUGACGCCACAUUUGAGAACUUUGGGAUGGCCUUGCUCACCCUUUUCAGGGUAUUUACAGGGGACAACUGGAGCGCCAUCAUGAAGGACACGCUGGGGGACUGCGGCCUGCCCUACCUACGCUUCAUCUCCCCGGUCUACUUCAUCACCUUCGUGCUGAUCGCCCAGUUCCUGCUGUUCAACAUGGUGGUGGCCAUGGUGGAGGAGAAUUACAAGAAGACUAUAUCCUAUUACAAAGGAGACCAGCCCAAUCCCCAACAAACUCACCAGUCUGGCCUGUCAGAAAACCUGACGGGAGUUGUGGGUUGACGAUUGAUUAUACAGGACUAAGUGCUGUCACAGAGAAACUGCACCCUCUACUGGCUAAUCCUGCUACUAUUUUGAAUGAUGUGGGGGGAGGCCAUACAUAUUUUUAUUUAUGGCCUCCCCCCACAUCACAGGAUAAAUGUGCUUUUACUGCAGGGGGUGUCAAUGGACAUGGACACGCCUCCCACAAGGGUUUAACAAUAGCCCAAAAUUGUUUCAUCAAGCACUGGCAGGAUUUCUAAAGCCAGACAUUUCUGGACCGGAAAUGGAAGGUUCAAUCGGAUUAAAAGAGGAACUGUCACAAGCACCAGCCCUUCGCCUUCCAGAUGCGAGAAAGCCCUUCCACUUGUGGUUCUGGGCGGGAGAACACACUUGCAGCUGUGCCUUGGGGCCGAAGCAAGCGGAUGGAAAAACUGGAACGGUGUGGUUUUACUCCGCCCCUAUUGCAGCUUCCGUGACUGGUCAGCACAGGCGCCUGAGGACAGCACAGGUGAAGGUCACGGUCCGAUGAUCCAGCAGCACCACGUCAUCCGCAAAAAGCAGAGACGCAAUUCUGAGGUCACCAAACCGGACACUCUCCUCGCCUCGGCUGCGCCUUGAGAUC